AUAAAAAAGUGAUAAACAUACCAAAUUCAACGCUCACAAGAAACCAAAUCAUUUAACUGGCGCACCAAUGUCAGAGCCAGAAUCCAGAGUCAUAUGCUGCAUCGGCGACAUCCAUGGCUUCAUCACCAAGCUCCAAAACCUCUGGUCCAACCUCGAACACUCCAUCGACCCUUCCCACUUCCAAACCGCCACCAUAAUCUUCCUCGGCGAUUACUGCGACAGGGGUCCACACACCCGCGAGGUCCUCGAUUUCCUCAUCGCGCUUCCCUCCCGCUACCCUAACCAGCGCCACGUGUUCCUCUCCGGCAACCACGACUUCGCCUUCGCCGCCUUCCUCCACCUCCUCCCGCCGCCCCCUGACGGGUCCGAAUUCUCCGAGGGGUGGAAGGAGUUCGAGGCGAGUGAGUACAGGGAAGGGUGGUUCAAGGGUGAUGGGUUUGAGAAGAUGCACCUGCAAGGGAGAAGGUGGAGUGGUACCAUCAAGGAUAGGUUCAAUCAUGCUAAGGGAACCGACUAUCAGGGUUCUAUUUACGACGCUGGACCUACCUUUGAGUCCUAUGGUGUUCCCCAUGGUUCUGCAGAUUUGGUUAAGGCAGUUCCUGAUGAGCAUAAGAAAUUUCUUGCUGAUUUAGUUUGGGUCCAUGAAGAGGACAAUGUCUUUAUAAAUACUGAUGAUGGAGUAAAGUGCUGCAAGUUGAUUGCUGUUCAUGCUGGUUUGGAGAAAGGAGAUGUUAAUGAGCAGUUAAAAUGUUUGAAAGUUCGGGAUACUCGGAUCCCUAAGGUGCAGGCUCUCAGUGGGAGAAAGAAUGUAUGGGACAUUCCAGAGGAACUAAGGGCAAGUCCAACCAUCAUUGUUAGUGGUCACCAUGCAAAACUCCAUAUAGAUGGCUAUAGGCUGAUAAUUGAUGAAGGUGGUGGAUUUAAAGAUAAACCAGUGGCUGCAGUUGUUCUUCCUUCAAAGAAGAUUAUUCGUGACACAGAUGUGUUAGAAAAAUAGUUUCAUACUUGUGAUAGUUUUGCCAAUAUAUAGUGUAGUCAAGCUAAGCUUUAGUUAUCAUGAGCUUAUGGAGAUAAAAAAACAAAACUUUUGUUGUUAUUCUGAUACACGGAGAGACUGUUGGAUGGCUUGUCCUCUUAUUCUGAUUAUCAAUAAGGCACUUCACUGUACCCGUUGAAAUUUCAGUAGAGUUAUAAAUGAGUUAAAAGUAUUCAUGAA